UUUCAAUGGCAACUUUAUUAUAAACGUCGAAUAACUCAAUUUGUAUUUUUAAAACAGUGUUAAUGAUGUUAUUAAUGUCAUACGUAUAAAUAUCAUUAAAUAAUUAAAUUAUAAUGUCUAUAUACAGAUUUGUGGCAAUUUCCAGGUUAACAUUACAAAGUAAUCGAUUAUGCUCCACGACAAUAGGGAAAUUUUACCAAAAACAGAAACCAAGAUAUAACGAAAAUGGGUUUCUCAUACAUUGUUGCACAAAACACACAGGCACAAUAAAAAAUGAAAAAGAGAAAUUGAGAACAUAUAUAGUACAAAGGUACAUAGAAUAUGUUAACAACUACACAAAAGUUUUAGAAAACAGAUUUCCGGCAGCAAUGAAAAUGUACAGAGUUUUUAGUGUAGGUAUUAAAGAUUUCUUAAAAGAUUUAAAGACUUACAUUGCAUUGAGGAUAAAAAUAGCUAAAAAUGGUGGUUUUACCAAUAUGUCUCGUCAAGAUAUAGAACUUUACCAGAAGAUGCCAUCAGACAUGUGGAGAAUCGCUCCUGUAUUAAUAUUAUCAGCUAUACCUUUUGGAAACUAUAUUAUAUUUCCUCUAGCGUUUUUGAAACCAAAGAAAUUGUUAUGCUCUCACUUCUGGUCAAUACAGCAAAAAGCUGAAUUUACUGUACAGGACUUAACAGAUAGACUUAGAAAUAACAAACCAGUCUUCCGAGCUCUGCAAGCAAAAAUAGAUUCUGUUUCUCCGAGGGAUUUGAAAAAGAAAUGGCAAAGAGUUAUUGGUUUGCUUGGUUCUGGAGUUCAUCCAAGCGCACAAGAAGUAUUGGCAUGCAAAGAUUUAUUUAGCAAGGAACCAUACAGUUUGUCUAAUUUGUCUUAUUCACACAUGGGACAUCUGCUAAAAAUGUAUGGAUUAAGAAAAACUAUAUUCAGGAGGAAAAAGUUAAAAUAUAAAGCAUUCUUAUUGCUACAAAUGGAUAAAGCUAUUACUCGGGAAGGUGGUGUAGAAACUAUGAGCACAGAAGCCUUAAGGAAUGCAUGUCUUAUCAGAGGAUUGAACAGCAGCCAUUUAUCUAAUCAAGACAUGAGAGAUUGGCUUUUACAAUGGCUCCAAGUGUCAGAAAACAUUGAUUCAAGUACAUUUUCGUUAUUACUUCACUGUCCAAUAUUUUUCGCAUAUAAUCAUCCACAAAAUUGGGUACUAAUUUAUUAAAUGUAUUUUACAUACAAUUUUAAAGUACUACACUUUUUUAAACAAAUAAACAUACUUUCUUUGCCUUUGAAGUUAAAUGUUCGGUUGUCACAUUAUUAUGUUACUAAAACAAAGAUGCAUGCUGUGAUGAUGAUGCAGUACAGGCAAAUGUUAUCAUUUUGUCCUGAUAUUAGUGCUACAGAACAUUUUUUUUUUUUUUUUGUAAUAAUUUAGUAAAACGAGUUGUUUUUUUUACUAGUAAAGUGUGUAGAAAUCCAAAACCAUAAGAGUAAAAGGUAAUUUGAGACGAUACUCAAUCAAAAAAUUCUUUGUAUCUACAUUUUAAACUAUUUACUUAUAGUUUAAAAUGGCGAUUUUAUUGUAUUGUACUAGUAGUACUUGAUUUAAGUUGACUAAAAGUAUAGUGGUUAUUAUUUCAAUCAAUCGGCAUAGCAAAUAGCAAUUAACUCAAUCCUUCGUACAUUAUUACAGACAUGGAUAUUGAGAGCUGAUCUUUUUUUGUACUAAACAAAGCAAUUUUCUGUUUGCGACUCCUGCAUAAUACGCAAAGCGAUCGCCACUCAAUCACCGAGCCCUCAAUAUCCGUGCUUAUACCUAUACUACUACUACCUUACUUUUCUGCUUAUCAAUUUCGCAGCAUUUAAUUGCUUUCUCCUGUAAAUAAAUUUUAUUAAUAUAAAUUCAUUUUUGAC